GCUGAUCAAUAUGAUGAUCUUAAACAAGAAUUUGAAUCAUUACAGAAAAAAUUCAAUGAUAUUCGACAAAAAUAUGAAUUCUCACAGAAUGAAAAUCAAAGUAUUCAACAACAAAUGGAUGAUAUGGAUACUGUUAUCACCCAAAAAGAUGAACAAAUUGAAAAAUUACAAAAAAAUAAAAACAAUAUUGAAAUGUUGAUGGAAAAAAAUUCUCUACUAUCCGAUGAAUUAAUAAAAUUGGAAAAAAUUAUUAAUAAUCAACGUGAAAAAAUGGAUGAUUAUGAAGAAUUGAUUCGAACACUUGAAACACAAAUCGUACAGAUGAAAGAAAGCCAUUCGAUUAAUCUACGAAGAAAUAUUUCAUUCAAUUAUUCAUUCGAUAAUUCAAUAUCAGAUUUGAAUAAUUUACCAAUGAUGAUGGCUGGUGAAAUUGUUGGUGAAAAUGUUGCCGAUAUCAAAAUUAAUGCAUUGGAAAAAGAUAUUCGUGAGCUGGUUGUACAAAAAGAAGAAUUAGAACAGAAAUUAUCGAAUGAACAAAAUGAAAAAGAAUCGAUAAUAAAAUCAACUGAAAAAUUGAAUGAAAGAAUAAAAUUAUUACAAAAUGAAUUUGAUCGAUUAAAAAUGUUAAACGAAACCAAUACAAAUGAAUUAAUUCGACAAAAUCAAUUGAUAAAACAAUUAAAACAAUCACUGGAAUUGGAAUUGAAAAAUGUUAAAGAAUCUUUUCAAAAAUUAAAAGAAAAUCAAGAAAAUUUUACUGAAAAAUUUCAAGAGGAAAUUCAUUCGAAUUGUCAACAAAUUAUUGAAGUUUUUAAUAAACAACUUGAAACAAUAUCAUUACUAUCACAUUUUAAACAUACAUUAGAAAUACAAUUGGAAGAUAUUUGUACGGAUAAUGGCCAAAUUGAAAAAGAAUUACAAAAAUCUCGAUUAAUAAUUGAAAAACAUGAACAAAAAAUCACCGAUCAAAAUGAAGAAUUGAAGAAAUUUCAACAAAAAUUUGAUGAAAAACAAAAAGAAUUUGAAAAUUUACAUUCAAUUAUCGAUGAUUAUCGUGAAAAACUGAAAAAUUUUGAAAAAAAUAAUGAUAAUGAAAUGUUUCGUUUGAAAUAUGAACAACUACAAAAUGAAUUUGAAACUAUGAAAAUGAAUACGAAAAAACUUGAAAUGAAAAUAAAAAAUCUACAAAAAGCAUAUAUUGUUGAAAAUCAAUCAUUUGUUGCUGAAAGAAAAACAAAAGAAAGAUUAUUAAAAGAAAAUAUGGAAUUGGAAAAAGAAAUUGAAAAUCUUAGAAAAUUGAUGGCUCAAUUUACCGAAUCGAAUGUUAAUGAUGAUGUAAAACGUUCGAAAUCAAAUCCAAGAAUAAUGAAUAAACUACCCGAUGUACAGGGUAUUAAAUUCGAGAUGGCCGAUGAAGAAGGUGAAUUUAUGGAUCCAAAUAGAAUAACACAAUCAUCAUCGAUUAAUCCACAACCACCACCACCAACACCAUUUCCACAAGAACGAAUAAAAAUAUUAAGACAACGAAAUCAAUUACUAAGGCCACAUCUUCGUACAUCAUAUCCGGUUGAAUUUCAAAAUGUUCGUAAUACGGAUGAAAAAAUAUUAAAAGAUACGGGAAUUACACCAUCAAAAAAUUUACAAAAAUCUAAAUCACGUGAACGAAUCGAAUCAUCAUCCGCAUCAUCAUCAUCAUCAUUGGACCAUAAUAUUCCAGCCAAAAGAUCUAAAUUAUAAUCAAACAAAUAAUGUAAAAUAUUUUAAUUUUUUUAAUUUUUUUCUUUUAAA